GCUAUCUCCUCACGUUUCAUCAUGAACACACACUAGCUCACGUACCGUAUACGAUCAAUCCAAGGAUAGCUAAGUGAUCACCCAAAAAAGAAGGUGAUUUCAAGUAGUGUGGGUUAGUAUGGGGAGCGUCGGGUUCCCGGUGACGAGGACGAGCAGGUUGCUGGUGGCGCCGUCGUCGCCGACUCCGCAGGAAACGCUGUGGCUGUCGGUGAUCGACCGCGUGGCGGGGCUGCGCCACCUGGUGCGGUCGCUGCAUGUGUUCGACGGCGCUGCCGCCGCCUCGCGCGGCGAAGGCGGGGAGCAGCCUGCGAAGACGCUGCGGGAGGCGCUGGGGAAGGCGCUGGUGGACUACUACCCGUUCGCGGGGCGGUUCGUGGCCGAUGAGGAGGGCGAGGUGCGGGUGGCGUGCACGGGGGAGGGCGCGUGGUUCGUGGAGGCGGUGGCGGCGUGCAGCCUGGAGGAGGUGAAGCAUCUGGACCACCCCAUGCUCAUCCCCAAGGAAGAGCUGCUGCCGGAGCCGGCGCCCGACGUCGACCCCCUCGACAUGCCGCUCAUGAUACAGGUGACGGAGUUCACGUGCGGCGGUUUCGUGGUGGGUCUGAUCUCGGUGCACACCAUCGCCGACGGCCUCGGCGCCGGGCAGUUCAUCAACGCGGUGGCCGACUACGCGCGGGGGCUGCCCAAGCCCCGAGUGCCCCCGGUCUGGGCGCGCGACCUCAUCCCGGACCCGCCCAAGAUGCCGGCGCCGCCGCCGCGGCUGGAGCUCCUGGACCUCCGCUACUUCACCGUGGACUACAGCCCGGAGCACAUCGCCAAGGUCAAGUCCCGCUUCUUCGAGUCCACAGGGCAGCGCUGCUCCGCCUUCGACGUGUGCGUGGCCCAGACGUGGCAGGCGCGCACCCGCGCGCUGCGCCUCGAGGACGACGAGGACGCCGCGCGCCCCGUGCACGUCUGCUUCUUCGCCAACACCCGCCACCUGCUGCCGUCCGUCACGGCCGUGGGGUUCUACGGCAACUGCUUCUACCCUGUGGCGGCGACCCGCGGCGCCGGCGAGGUGGCGCGCGCGGACGUGGUGGAGGUGGUGCGCGCCAUCCGGGACGCCAAGGUGCGGCUGGCGGCGGAUUUCGCGCUGUGGGCGGCGGGGGGCUUCGAGCUAGAUCCCUACGAGCUGACCUUCACCUACGACACGUUGUUCGUAUCGGACUGGACGCGGCUCGGGUUCCUGGAGGCGGACUACGGGUGGGGCACCCCGGCGAACGUGGUGCCCUUCUCGUACCACCCAUUCAUGGCCGUCGCCGUGAUCGGUGCGCCGCCGGUGCCCAAGGCCGGCGCGCGCAUCAUGACCAUGUGCGUCGAGGAGCGGCACCUGCCCGAGUUCCAGGAGCAGAUGAACGCAUUCGCCGCCGGAAACCAGUAGGCCAUCCGUCACACGCACGCAUGGUACUAUAUAUGCUCUCUCGUAAAGUGUGCGACUGCAAGUUUGCAAUUUGUCAAUGUUCUAGCUUGAUGGUUUGCGUGUAAUUUGGCUUUAAUUUGUCACAACUAGCGUUGAAAUUCGUAAUCGCAAGUACCUGCCCCCAAAAAUGGCGGCUACCUCUUUAUGCUGAAUGGAAUAAUGGUGUUUGUAAUUUGUACUCCAUGCUACUGGUGCUGAAUGUUAAUGGAGUACCAACUUUCAUGAA